CUCUUGCGUGCUAAAUUUCAAUUUCAAAAUUUCAAUUAUAUUUAUUAAUUAUUAAUUUAAAUAUUUCUUCUCUCUUCUUCUUUCUCCACCUUACACUUUAACAAACACCUAAUUUCACUCGAAGGAAAAAAUCAAACAGAAAGAAAAAACCUAAGUGAAAAUGGCGAGCUCAGUGGAGAAGGAGGGUUCUGCUGCUGUAGAUGCAGGUGCAGGUGUAGGGGAAGAAUCUGUGUCUAUGGAGUUACCUGCUCCACCUGGUUGGAACAAAAAGUUCUUUCCAAAAAAGUCUGGAACUCCAAAGAAAAAUGAGAUUGUGUUCACUGCACCAACAGGAGAGGAAAUCAGUAACAAGAAGCAGCUGGAGAAGUAUUUGAAAGCACACCCCGGUGGCCCAAACAUAUCAGAAUUUGAUUGGGGCACUGGCGAGACUCCAAGAAGAUCGGCAAGAAUCAGUGAGAAGGCCAAGGCAGCUCCUCCAGCGGAAUCAGAAAGUGAGCCCCCUAAGAAACGUGUCAAAAAGUCACCAGCUUCAAAGAAAGGAGCUUCCGAGGAGGAAGUAGAGGAGACAAAAGAUGUGGAAAUGAAAGAAGCUGAAGAAACUAAGGAUGAUAAAGAUUUAGAGCAGGAAAAGAAAAUUGUUAACGAAAAUGAAGAUGAGAAGGGAGUGGAGGAUGCUGCAGAUGUCAAAGAGCCCAUUCAUCCUGAAGAGUCCACUCAUCAUGGAGAAAAUAUUGAUAUAGCUAAUGAUGAGGGGAAAUCCAACACUGCUGAUGGAGAGUUACAAGCAUCAAAAGAGAAAGUUGAUGACAAAGGAACUGAGGGGUCUGAAGUUGUUCAGAAUAAGGAUGAAGAAAAGUUUGAACAACCACCGGAGGAGACAAAGCAAGAUGGUGGAUUUGAGGAGCCAGAGAAAUCAGAAGCUGUCCUUACUGCUGAGAAAACGACUGAUGUGGAAGGAGAAAAUAAAGAGGAAGAUAACAGACUUACUUGUGAGGCUGAAGGAGAAACCAAGGAAAAAGAAGCAACAAAAGUGCAUGAUGAAGAAAAUUACAAGGUUCAUGGUAUAAACAAGGCUGAAUCAGAGCUGACCGUGAAUGGAAGCUGAAUUAUAGAAGUCAAAGCUCCUGAGUAAGGAAUAGAAUAAACUCUUGGCAUCUGUCAUUCUGACGCCUUUAGAUUUGUCAGAGGAUGACUGUAGUUUUUGUUGUUAAUGUUAAUUUAUCUGAUUGUUCAUUGAAAUGACUAUAGACAAUCAUAGAGUAGCUCUAUAAUGUAGCAUCCAUCUAUGUUCUGGAGAGACAUGUAGCUUCUAGUUCCCAUGUAACAUUGUGUUGUAAGAUACCUGUAAUGUGAUAUGUAUCUAUAAUCAUGUGAGACUGUAAUCCUAAAUAUGUCAUUACUGCGACCAUUAUCUCAGGUUUUAUCUGGCCAAAUUUCAGUAGAA